AUGCGGUCCUACUCGCACCUCGCAACCCUGGGGGUUCUCGCCUCGUCCAGUCUGGGACAGACACAGCCCACCUGGCCCUUGGGCAAUGGUUUCCAGCUCACCUGGCAAGAUAGUGCGUCGCAACUGGGCUUCGACUGGCACAACCGGACAAUCCUCUCUACCGUGCCCGGUCAGCCCUUCCUCAGUGCCAGUGCGGGCAAGGACAACAUUGUCGAUGCCAACGGCAACUUCAACAUCACCAACGGGGAUCGCAAUCGCUGUCAGGGCCAGAACGUGACGCAGGUCUCACACGCCUCGCAUGUCAAGGGCCUGCACAGUCAAGCAGUCACCGUCAAAGGGUACUUGCUGGGCUGCGGCCACGAGGCGGUGGGCUAUGCUGUCAACUUCUAUGUCCCCAGAAAUCUUCCGGACCGAAUUGCAUUUGAUCUGGCCGUGGAUUCCGACCGGAAUGCUGCGAUGCCUCUCGAAAGAAUCUACUUGACCCUGGGAUCGGACUCAUCCGAGGACUUCUAUGGACUGGGCGCCCAAGGCUCCUUUGCAUCCAUGAAGAACCAGACCGUCCCGAUCUUCUCGCGCGAACAGGGGGUCGGACGCGGAGAUGAACCGGUCACGUCCAUUGAGAAUUCUCAGAGCUUCUUCAGCGGAGGCAACCAAUUCACGACUUACACCGCCAUCCCGCAAUAUAUCAGCACGCGCGGUCGCGUGUUCUACUUGGGAGAGGAAGACACGGCCUAUGCUGCCUUCGACUUCCGCGAGCCCGCCGCCGUGACUGUCCGCUACGACUCUUUGACGGUCAGCGGUCACUUCAUGCAGGCUGAGAACAUGCUGGCGGCGAUCACGAUGCUGACGGACUAUGUCGGUCGCAUGCCUGCCUUGCCCGAGUGGGUGGACCACGGAGCCAUUCUGGGCAUCCAGGGCGGCCAGGAUAAAGUGAAGAAGAUCGUGAACCAAGGCUUUGAGCGGGACUGCCCGGUGGCAGGAGUGUGGCUUCAAGACUGGUCCGGCACUCACCUUCAAGCAGCCCCAUAUGGCCAGGUCAAUAUCUCCCGCCUGUGGUGGAACUGGGAGUCCGACUCGGCGCUGUAUCCCAACUGGACCGAGUUCGUCCAGGGUCUGCGAGAAGAGCACAAUGUGCGAACGCUGAGCUACAUCAACCCCUUCAUUGCCAAUGUGAGCAUGAAGGAGGAUGGGUAUCGCCGCAACCUUUUCCUUGAAGCGUUUCGACGAAGCUACACGGUGCAAAACUCCACCACCAACUCGACCUCGAUUGUCUCCAGCGGAAAGGGAAUCGAUGCCGGCAUCCUGGAUCUGACCAACGAGCACGCUCGCGAGUGGUUUGCCGACGUACUGCGGACUCAGGUCUGGAGUGCCAACAUUUCCGGCUGCAUGUGGGACUUUGGAGAAUACACCCCCAUCGGCGCCGACACGAGACUGGCCAAUGUCUCGUCGGAUGCGUUCUUCUACCACAACCAAUAUCCGCGGGACUGGGCCAUCUUCCAGCGCUCAGUGGCCCAGAAAAUGCCCCUUGCUUCGGAGAUGGUCACUUUCCACCGUUCGGCCUCCCUGGGAUCGAACCGACACAUGAACCUCUUCUGGGUGGGAGAUCAAACCACCGUGUGGUCAACCAACGACGGUAUCAAGUCUGUGGUCACCCUCAUGGGCCAGAUGGGCAUGUCCGGGUACGCUCACAGUCACUCCGACAUUGGCGGCUACACCACUGCCUUUGCACCGCCGACCACCAACGGCUCCUCCGGGGCCAUCGCGCGCUCCGCCGAGUUACUUGGACGCUGGGGCGAGCUGGCCGCCGUUUCCAGCGCCGUCUUCCGCUCGCAUGAGGGCAACGUGCCCGAAGUGAACGCGCAAUUUUACACCAACUCGACGACCUACUCGUACUACGCGUACAACGCUCGCUUGUUCCGCAGCCUGGGACCCUAUCGUCGCCGAGUUCUGGACACCGACAGCAAGGUCCGCGGGUGGCCUUUGCUCCGGAUGCCCGUUCUGUACCAUUCGGACGAUCGACGAGCGCGUGAGAUCAGCUACCAGAGUUUCUAUCUCGGAUCGGACCUCUACGUGGCCCCCGUCCUCGAUGCCGGGCGCAAGUCGGUCGAGGUGUAUCUGCCCGGCACCGACAGCAAGCGAACGUACACCCACGUUUGGUCGGGCCAGACGUAUCACGCCGGCCAGACAAUUCAGGUCGCUGCUCCGUACGGAAAGCCCGCGGUAUUCACCGUGAACCAUGCGAAGAGCCCCGAGCUGGACGUAUUUUUGGAUUUCGUCCGGAAAGAGAACGGCACGGCGAUCCACGUCUAA